ACGCAUUGUGUACGAGGUACCAGCGUCAGUUCAGUUUCACGUCAGUGAUCAGUCGCUAGUCAACAUUUGGAAGGUGUGAGCGACAAAGUAUUUUGUGGUGUUACAAAAGAAAUCAAGAUGGGUUGCGGUGAAUUUUUGGUUAAAUACAUAUUAUUCUUUGCGAAUCUAUUCUUUGCUCUGGCUGGCAUCGCCCUCAUCGGUCUCGGCGUGGCAGUCCAGCUCCAGGUGUCGGAGGUAGUAAAUGUCAUCGAGGGUAAUUUCCAAGUGGCUCCCAUCACAGCCAUGGUGGUGGGAAGCAUCGUCUUCAUAAUAGCGUUCUUCGGCUGCUGCGGCGCCAUCCGGGAGAGUAACUGCAUGUUGGUCACUUAUUCACUGUUCAUGAUCAUAUUGAUGCUGAUCAAAGUGACGCUGGCCGUUCUUAUCUUCGUGAACCUGAGCGACUACACGGAGGGAAUCUCACAAUGGUUGACAAACGCCUUCAACAAGGACAGAACUGCGUUCCAGGAGAUUGAGAGAACAUUCAAGUGCUGCGGACCCCAGGGUGCCAUGUCCUACUUGAACGUAGUCCUGCCCGAGACAUGCUGCGAGGGCUCGCCCUGCACCGUGCUCAACGCCUAUCCCAGCUGUUCCAGCACGGUCGAAGACUUCUUCCAGACCUUUGGCGUCGCGAUCGGAUCCGUUGCCAUCGUGGUUGCUGCAUUGGAGUUGGUUGCCGUCGUGUUUGCUCUGUGUCUCGCCAAUCACGCCCGGAACGAGGGCAGGAGGUCAAGAUAUUAGCUGUUAAUUUGAUUCUAAGUUAAUAUUAAUAACAUUUAGUAUAUAUGUACACUUAUUUUAAUGAAUUGAGAGACACAUAUACCGAGUCGUUAUAAAUGUAAUCGGUUUACAGUGUUGGUGAUAAUUAAAUAUAUGACGAGAGAUAGCUAAAACAGUAUCAUUAGGUUUAUAUUCUUUCAACAAUAACAAGAAAAAGAAAUUCAAGAAAUUGCGUUAAUUAAUAAUUAUAAAUGUGUGUGAGGGGAACCCGAACAAUUAAAUGAUAAAACCACUGACCUAUAUGAAUGCCACUGGACAGGCUGUUCCAUAUGUUUGACAGCAAUUGUGCCUAUUUGAAGCGCCACUUGCGAACGUCCAGAGAACUAAUUUUGUCGUAUAAUAUAAGCUGCCAAAGAACGUACAAUACUCUCAACUAUUUUUGCAUUUUGAAUUCAUUUCGUUCGUUUUUCGUGUUAUUUAUACUUCAAAAAUCAACGUUAUAAAGGACACAUUUUUUUUGUAAAUAGUUUCCCACCAUCUAUCAAUAUUUGCUGAGGUUGUCAUCACUAGUUUUAGUACCGCAGACUCUUGCCACAUGGCCAACAGCGCUAAAAUGGCGAAUAUCAAACAGGCACAAAAGCACUUUGACAGCCGCCAGUCCAGAGGUAUAUGGUAGAGGUCAGUGGAAAAAACAUAUUAAGUAAUUUUGGAUAAUUCAGAGCAGCGUUUGUAAUUUAACAGUAACUGUUGAUUAUUAUUGAAGAAAAUGCCUCAUAACACUAAUAAACACAACCUUAUAACACAUAAUAAUAUGAUGUUUUGUGAAUAUUACAAUUUUAAUGAGUAGGUACGGCAAAUCAACCGUUACUCUAGUUUAUUCUUACUAAUGAAAGUGUUUAAAAGUAAAACUUCUACAAAAUAUACAUUAUUGGUGUCGGUUAAGAUUAUAAUAUAUAAAACCCUAAAUAUUCGUAAUCUUUUAUUCAUUGAUUAUUUUUGUUGUACCGAUUAUCGGAUAGAUUCCGCCUGCUUUAGAGGAUCGUGUUUUCUUUGAACAAUUUAAAAAUAUUUUUGAAACCUUUGGAGUGAUUUUGCUUCCUUAUCAAAAAACCAAAGACUAAAAAAAAAACACAAAUUCACUCCUUUUUAGUCAUAAGAAUGAAAAAGAAUACUUUGGUACUUAAUUGUAAUUUUUUAAAGUGUCUUUUAAAUAAAGCAUGAAUUAAUAAA